AUGUCCGGCCGGGUUCCCCUCAUGGGCAACCGCCGCGCGCUCGGCGAUAUCGGUAAUGCUCAGGCGGGCACUCGAGGUGCCGCGGGCAAGGAGGGCACCAAGUGCGUACCCUUUCCCACCCCACCGCGCGCCUUUUCCGGCGCAUCUCGCGGUCGUCGUUUCUCUCUGCUUAGGUCUUCUCGUGUUGUGAAACGCGAAUCGCGACGGGGGGACGCUCCUUUCUAA